GUCUUCCAUUCCACGGCGUCAUUUGUUCAACUCAAAUCCAACUCAAAGCGUGCCAGCCUCCUCCUCCGACCAAUCUGAAGCAGCAGCGAGAGCCGAGAGAGGCGGCGCGCGCUAGCUGCAUGGAGGCGGAGGUCGUCAAGCCGCCGCCGGUGGCGUCCGUGUCCGUGUCCAUGUCGUCGGUGUCGCCGUCGGCCUCUGCUGCCGGGCCCGCGGGCGCCGGCGGGGAGUUCACGGCGGACGACCUCGCGGCGGCGGACCAGCUGGUGCAGCUCAGCGUCAGCGGCGGCGGGGACGACGACGAGGAGGACAACCAGCACGAGGCGUUCUCGUCGUCGUCGUCUCCUCGGUCGGUGAACAACGCGGCGCGGGGCGAGGUGGAAGAUGAGGAGGAUUCCGGGGUGGUGGACCGGAGGGUCAGGAAGCGGUACCGGCUGGUGGCGGAGCUCUACGCCGCCACCAGGCAGGUCAAGGCCGGCGCCGGCGCCCGCGGCAAGAGCAAGCGGAAUAGCAGCACGGACGGGAUACCCCGGAACUGAGCGCUGGAGAUUGGGGCGCCGGAAUGCAGAGGCUUGCUGGCUGGGUUGGGCUUGGGCUUGGGCUUGGCCCCGCGUGUAGAUAAUUUCCUUUUUCUUGCAAGCAGUUGUGACUUGUGAGACAGAGUUUUGUCUUGUUUUUCCCUAAAAAGCAAACGUUUUUGGAA